AUGGGAAAUUGUCUAGGAGGGAAGAAGGUAGCUAAGGUGAUGAGAGUAGACGGCCAAACAACCGAAUUCAAGAUUCCGGUGGACGCCGGCGAGGUGGUUAAGGCAAAUCCGGGCCACAUUUUGGUAGAUUCCGAAGCGGUUAAGAAUUUCGGGUUCCGAGCGAAGCCGUUAGAGGCGGAGCAGCAACUGCAGCCCAAAAAGGUCUACUUUCUAGUGACGGAGCCGGCGCCGGCGCCGGCGGAGAGAGCGGCGCCGCGGCGGGUCCGGUCGUCGGGGAUCCAUAUGAGCGCCGAGGCUCGGCUCGAGAGCCUAAUGCUGGCUCGUAGCAAGUCGGCGUCGGAUUUCUCGUUCUUGAAGUCGCCGGAGAACGGCGGUGGCGUGCGGCUCAAGUUACGGCUGCCUAAAGCGGAGGUAGAGAAGUUGAUUAAGCAAAGUAAGCACGAUGGAGGUGGGGAGGUUGGGGAGAAGAUUAUGCGGCUUUGCAUGGGUAAUAAUUCGGUUGCCGUGCUAAACAAGUCAAGUAGAUCCAGACCUCCGGCUCCGAUUCCGGGAAUAAUCAAGAAAGAUCUCAAAUCCAGUCAGAAGCGGGUAGGUUUCAGGGAGAUCCAGCAAGAAGCAGAAGCCUAGCUCCUCUCCUUAGAUAUCAUAAAUAUAAGUUUUUAUGUUAAUAAUUUAAUGAGUUAAUUCUAUUUUUUGUCCUAAAUUUAUAGGUGGUAGUAUAUUUUUAGUCAUAGUAUUAUUAUGACAUGACUAUUUUUAGUCUAUAAAA